AUGCUUAAUGGGACUAAUUUCAAGGAAAGGAAAAUGCAUUUAAUUAUACUACUUGAUUGUAUAGACAUAGAGCUUACAGUAAGUGAAAAACAACCUGAACCUCUCACCGAGGCAAGCACCCUUGAUGCUAAAAGGGAUUUUAAGAGCGUUCCAAAAGCCACUGUGGGCAAAGAAUCUGAAGAGAAUACUUUGGCCAAAGGUCUUCUUAACGAAAUUAAGAAAUGUUUUGCCAAAAAUGAUAAAGUUGAAACGACAUCACUUCUGGCUUCUUUGAUGUCUGUAAAGUAUAAGGGUCAAGGAAACGUAAGGGAGUACAUUAUGGAAAUGUUUCAUGUUGCUUCAAGACUUAAGGCACUUAAGAUCAAGCUUUCUGAGGAAUUACCUGUUCUUAUGGUUUUGGUAUCACUUUCUGCAUAG